CGCAGAGCUUGCAAGAUGCCCACCGACUCUGACCUUCUCGACACGCCGGAAGCGCGUUCGCUCCUCUCUGCCGGCGUUCCUGCGGCCGAGGUCCUGGCCGGCCUCAAGCAGCAGACGGCGGAGGCGGCUCCGACUCUCCUCCGGCGACGCUCAUCCAACCUCGGUGAGGCGCCGUUGCCGGCUGGCUGGGAGGAGCGUUUCGACCCUGCAACCGGCCGCAGGUACUACGUCGAUUUCAACACCCAGAGCACCUCGUGGACGCGUCCAAAUGAGGCCGCGUCGUCGGGCAAGAAGACUCCAAAGGAGAUGUCGGCUGGGCUUGUACCGUCCGGCCGCAGCGGCAGCUUUAGAAGCAGCAACCGUGGAUCAGCCCGGCAAGAAGCUCGAGGCGGCCUGGACCCCGACGCGGCAGCGGCACUCGCUGUCGCCGAGGCGGCCGAGGCUGCCGAGGCUGCCGAGGCGGCGAGUCGCGGCCCGACUCCGACAAAGAAGGGCAAGGGCGCCGUACACAAGAUGAACAAGGAGCUCCGCAAGCUCGGUGUCUUUGGUGCCGCGCAGGGGGGUGACAGCGGCAGCCGUGCCUCCCCUUCCCCCUCACCCUCUCCCUCCAUCUCGCCACCGCCGCCCACCGGCUCGCCGGUCCGCAACUUCCCCUCGGCGGCCGCGGCCCUGGCCACCGACAAGUCGUCCCCGCAAGGCAUGCUCGCGCUCCUGCGCAACGAGCGGACUCCGCCGGCGGAGCGCGAGGAGGUCGCGCAGGGGCUGCGCGCCUACUGCGCCACGGCGCCCGCCUCAGACCCAACCCCGCUGAGGCUGCUCGACGCGCUUGGGAGCUCGUCGCAGCCGCGGGUGCAGCAGCCGCUGUGCGACGCCCUCGCCUCGGCUGGGGAGGCGCAUCACGCGCCCCUGCUCGAGUCUGGGGCCGUGCUCUACGCCGCGCCGCUGCUCUCAUCGCCGAUCGAGGGCGUCCAGCGCGCCGCCCUUCGCCUCCUCCUCGCGCUCUGCAGCGGCGACUGCGCGGCGCAGGUGGCCGGCGUGGGCGCCGCGCCCACGCUGCUCGGCUUGCUCUCAUCAGCAGCGCCCGCCGAGAGCCGCUCUAUCGCGCUCAGGCUCAUCUCGGAGCUCCUCUCCUCUGCCCAAGGCGCCCGCGCGCUGCUCGCCGCUGGCGCCGCCGAGACGCUCUGUGUGGCCCUCAUCCACGCCUCUGGCGUCGCAAAGGGGUGGGGCGGCGGCGACGCGGCUCGCGGCAAGGAGGAGGCGCGCCUGACCAUCGACUGCCUCUGCUCGGUCAACUCGACCGACCCCGCGGCGGUGCAGCGCGCCGUGCGAAACACAUCGGCGAUGCCGUCCAUCGUGGCGCUCACCGGCACCGACGACGAGCGCGCCCGCUCCAGCGCGAUGAUGCUGCUCUCGUCGCUCGCCCCGCAGAACGCGGGCGAGGUGGUCGCCUCCGGCGGCAUCGCGAUGCUGUGCGAGACGCUCAGCCGCGGCGCGACCGACCAGACGCUCCACACGCUUGCUCAGCUGUCGCAGUCGGCGGUGCACGCCGUGGCGAUCGCGCAGCAGCCGGGCGCGCUCGCGACGCUCUGCAGCCUGGUGGGCCAGCCGCACGUCCGCGAGCUCGCCAUCUCGGUCCUCUCCAACCUCUGCGCGCUCGGAGCGCUUCCCACCGACGCGCUCGCCGGGCCCGACGACCUCCACCGGCUCGUCGCGCCGCUGCUGCAGGGAGGGCUCCCGCCAUCGCAGCGCGCCGGCCUCCUCUCCCUCCUGUCACGCGCCGCUCUGGAGGGGCCUGGCCGCCAGGCACUCGCCGCAGUCGGAGCGCCGCCGCUGCUCGUGGCGGCCGCCGACAGCGGCGACGCCAACGAGGCGGUGCACGGGCUGCAGGCGCUCGCCCAUCUGGCGGCCGACGAGCGGUUCCGCUCACAGCUGUCUGGCUGGGGAGCACUGCGGCCGCUCUGCCACUCGCUCGACCCUGCCCGCGCGUUGGACCCGCGGGCGCGCGCCGUCGCCCUCUCCGCCGUCGCGAACGUCUCCUUUGUGGAGCCGGCGGCUCUGCUGGAGGCGGGCGCGGCGCCAAGGCUCUGCGCUCUCCUCGGCGAGAGCGAGCCGCACCUCCUCCGCAUGGCGCUCACGGCCAUCGUCAACCUCUCGGCCGACCCCGCCGCUGUGCCGCACCACUGCAUCGCCGACAUGCUCGCCGCUGGCGCUCCCGCCGCCGCGGUCCGCCUCCUCGACUAUUUCGACCUCGAGAUCCGCACCGCCGCGGCGGGCGCCGUCGCAGCCCUGGCGAGGCUGCCCCUGUUUGCCGAGGGCCUCGCGGCAGCCGGCGGCGGCGCCAGCCUCGCCCGGCUCCUCGGGCAGACCGCCCUGGCCGACGAGCCUCGCGUCCACGCCAUCGCGAGCGCGAUGACGCCGCUCCUCGUCGACGAGGCGUCGCGCGGCGCGGCUCGGGCGGCCGGCGGCGUCGCGGCGCUGAGCGGCGCCCUCCAGGCGAUCGGCAGCUCGGACACGCGCCUGGCUCUCUUGGUGGCGCUCGACGCCCUCGUCGGCGGUGACUGGGGUCUCGCUUACACCGAGGCUGGCUGGGCACCGCUGAUCGGCGCGCUGUCACAGUCGUCCAAGGCGAUCGUCCUCGCCGCCGCGCGCGCCGCCGCCGCCACGCUAGAGACUCCUGGCGGUCGCGACUCGCUUGCGAACGGACGCGAUUUGCUCCUGGUUUGCGCGACGCUCUGGGCGCUCUCGCGCGAGCACGCCAGCCUCGCUGCGGGCGCCUCAGCCGCCCACGUCGCCCUCCUCCGCCGCCCGGCCGGCUUGGAGGCCGAUGGGGAGGGCGGCCUCCUCGCGCCCGCCCUCGCGCUGCUCGUCGAGGUGGCGGACGAGCCGCGCUUCGCAGGCCGCCUCGCCGCCGCCGGAGCGCUGCCGGCGCUGCUGCCGCUCCUCCAAGGCGAGCACGAGCACGCGCUGGUCGUGGCGCGCAGCCUCUCGCCCCUCCUCAAAGACGACGCCGCGCGCGAGGCGGCUUGCACCACGGCCAACGUCCGCGCCGUCGCCGCGGCGCUCCUCGCCGCCGAGCGGGAGGAGGCGCGCCUCGCUCUCUCGCUCGCCCUCGUUGAGCUUGUCGAUGGCGACUUUGGCCGAGUGCACGCCGCGGGCGGCUGGCCGGCUGUCGUCGCCGCCCUCGCCGCCGCCGCGAGCACGGCGUCGCCUCAAAUGGCAAGCCUCGCCUCGGGCGCCUUCGAGCCGCUGGUGUCGUUCCUGCCGGCCGAGGCGUCCGCACUCUCCAAGGCACCCACGCAGCCAGCGUCGCCCUCGGCUCUGGUCGACGCGCUCGCGCUCCACGAGGCGGCGACGGCGCAGCUGCUGCCAGAGCCGCUCAAGCCGGUGGCGCGCGAGAGCCCAGGCGGCAUGAUGGCCGCCGACCUCGACUAGGCCUCCUCACCACCUCCUCCACCUGGCAGCUAGAGCUACCCCCUGCUGGCCAAGGCGACGCGCGUGCGGCGCUCCGUUUGUGCACUAUGUUCAGUAUGCGCGCGCAUGCGCCUCACAUUGCGGUGCACACUGCACUCCUUCUCCUGUCCCGCCCCUCGAAGGUGAUCUGCCCUCUCAUCUUUCAUGACACACACGAGCCACAGCUCACGCCCCCCAGGCCCAGCCCCCCACACGGCGCCAUAUACGAUAUAGAGCUCACACCCCUCUAGCUGCAUGCGCUCUGGAGACGAGCUCGUGCAGCUGCCAGCUCUGGUCACUGUGAUCAUUUUUUAUUUUGCCUAAAAUGAAAACACGCAACACACCUUGGUAAU